UUCUAAUGGAGUUGGGGUCCUUGGGGAUAAUGAAGGAAAUUUAUAAUUAGUCCACACAAAAAUUUCCAUAUUCCCCAUUUACUAGUCCAAUUGAGCAUCAGCCGCCCCUUUCCGCUGCAUUUCUCUGUCUUUCCUCAUACUAGUUGUAUCUCCGUCGAAAUCACCAUGGCUAAGGCGGCUCCGACAACCUUCUGCACCUUCACUUCCUCAAACCCCACCUUUAAUUCUCCUUCAAAACCCUCAAUUCCUCUUCAAAACUCUUCAAUUCUGAAACUGCCCACCACCUAUUUGACGAAAUGCCGCACUCAAUUCCUCACCACCAACACUCAAUCCACCCGCUCUCCGCCGUCUCUAUCACCGCUGAAAGCCACCGAUUCCUCCUCUGAUUUCGUACCCUCCACCGCAUUUCACGGUAUCUGCUACGUCGUCGGCGAUAACAUCGACACUGACCAAAUCAUCCCUGCUGAGUACCUCACUUUGGUCCCUUCAAACCCUGAAGAAUACCAAAAACUUGGGUCAUAUGCCUUAAUUGGAUUACCCAGUUCAUACCCAGUUCGUUUUGUUGAUGAUAAUGAAAUGAAGACAAAGUACUCUAUUAUCAUUGCUGGUGCCAAUUUUGGAUGUGGGUCAUCAAGGGAACAUGCCCCAGUUGCUUUGGGUGCUGCUGGAGCUAAAGCUGUGGUGGCUGAGUCAUAUGCUAGGAUCUUCUUUAGGAACUCUGUGUCAACUGGAGAAAUUUAUCCCUUGGAAUCAGAGGUUAAGAUUUGUGAGGAGUUUACUACUGGGGAUGUUGCAACUAUUGAGCUUGGUGAGAGCAAGUUGAUUAAUCAUACCACUGGAAAGGAGUAUACUUUGAAGUCUAUUGGGGAUGCUGGCCCUGUUAUCGAAGCCGGUGGCAUUUUCGCCUAUGCGAGGAAGGCUGGGAUGCUAGCAGCUGCUGACUCUUGAGUUUGAGUUUUGUUGGGUUGCAGAUUGGAUAUACAAGCUCAAAUCAAUACUCAAUUCUCCUCAUUACCAGAUGUGAUCUCCAGAAUUUAGGGCUCUAUCUUGCUAUGUAUUAGAUUUCCUUUUUUUUUUUUUCCUUUUCUUUUCACCAUAGAUUUGCAUUUCUUAUGGCUGUAAGACUGUCAUAAAUCAGAGUAUGAUUGUAACUGAUGUGCUUGCUAUUCUGCUUAUCUAAAUAAUAAUGCUCAAAGUUUGGUCUAAAAACCUUUGAUAGUUAAAGGGUGUAGUAAGAAUCUAGAUUUGCCUCUUUGGAGUUUAUUAUCUUUGAAGCUUA